AUGUCCAAGUCCAAGCUCGCCAACAUCGCGACAAUCGCGAUCCCCAGCGCCGUCGUGGCCGCGGGGCUGACCAAACUUGUCGACCAACAAACCGAGAAGCAGCUGCAGACCCCCUCAGAAGGAAUCACCCCUCUCCAACCAAACGAAACCCCAGGCUUGGUAAUCCUUCCCAAAGCCCUCCCGACCAGCACGAUCCCACUAAGUCCCAAACUCCUCUCGCCAUCCCCCCCAACACCCCCCGUCGACCCGACCGGCAUUCUCAAAUACGGGCACCCGGGCCCCGUCAACGACGAGCUGCGCGCCACCUCCUGGUACGGGACAUACGACCGGCGCACGCGCAAUCCGAUCUGGGUGGCCGAGCACAUGACGCCCGCCUCGAUCGCAAACGCACCGGGCAAGCGCCGCGACAACUUCCGCGAGGAUCCCGACAUCCCCGCCGCGUUCCGGGCCAAGGUCAAGGACUACAGCGCGAGCGGGUACGACCGCGGCCACCAGGUGCCGGCGGACCCCGCGCGCUGGUCGCAGCAGGCGGUCGACGAGACCUUCCGCAUGUCCAACAUGUGUCCGCAGGUCGGGGUCGGGUUCAACCGCCACUACUGGCGGGACUUUGAGGCGUUUUGCAAGAACCUGACUACCCGCUACCCCUCUGUUCGGGUGAUCACCGGCCCGCUGUAUUUGCCGCGGCUGGAGGAGGAUGGGAAGUGGCGGGUUAGUUAUGAGGUUAUUGGGUCGCCCUCGCCGAGGGUGGCGGUGCCGACGCAUUUUUUCAAGGUGGUUCUUGGGGAGGAGGACGGUGGUGGUGGUGAUGGUGACGGGCUGGUUGGGGGCAAGGUGGCGGUAGGCGCGUUCGUGUUGCCCAAUGGUGCGAUCAGCGGUGAUAAACCGUUGGCGGACUUUGAGGUCGAGCUGGAUGUGCUGGAGCAGGCGACUGGCUUGGAGUUGAUUGAGAAGUUGAAGUCGACUGCGCGGCGAAAACUGUGCGAGGAGGUCCAGUGUGACAUUAGGGUCAAGGAUUUUAGUAAUGCGGUUGAGGAGGUCACAGAGAUGGUUGGUAAGGUAAAGCUGUAG